UAGCUUGUUUUGAUGACUUUUUAAUCGCCGUUUCCGGUCUUGCUCGCGGCAGCAAACAUGGCGAACGGCUAAUGAAUCGUUGUCUGCAUUCAUAUUUGACGGCUUCUGAUUUUGUUUGCAGGGCGUAAACAAUACGUUUUACUAUACUUUUAGCACCCAGUUGUGCAACUGUAGGGCGCUGCGCUCUACAUGUUUUACUUGACUAAAAGGUCGAAAGAGAGACACCGGUAAAAUGGGGCGGCGUUCGACCUCCUCCACGAAGAGUGGGAAGUUUAUGAACCCCACCGACCAGGCCAGAAAGGAAGCCAGGAAAAGGGAGUUGAAAAAGAACAAAAAGCAGAGAAUGAUGGUGAGAGCGGCGGUGCUGAAGAUGAAGGACCCUAGACAGAUCAUCAGAGACAUGGAGAAGCUGGAUGAGAUGGAGUUCAACCCCGUUCAGCAGCCCCUGCUGAAUGAGAAGGUGUUGAGGGACAAGAGGAAGAAGCUACGUGAGACAUUUGAACGCAUCGUCCAUCUGUAUGAGAGAGAGAAUCCUGACACCUACAAGGAGCUACGCAAACUGGAGCUGGACUAUGAGACCAAACGAGGGCAAUUGGCUCUCUAUUUUGACUCUGUCAAGAAUGCAGAGUCCGUGGAGGUUGACAGUAUCCCUUUACCAGAUAUGCCUCAUGCCCCCUCCAGUAUCCACAUCCAGGACAUCCCUCUACCAGGAGCUCAACCUCCCUCCAUCCUAAAGAAGACCUCAGUUUUUGGUAAAGGACCCCUGUCGUCAUCCUCUGGACCGGUGGUGGUAACAGUGCCAGGUGUUCCACGUUUACCUCCUGGAAAGAAGCCCCCUGGCCCCCCACCUGGGCCCCCACCUCCACAGGUCCUGGCACUGUAUGGCAUGCCUUCUCGACGAGCUUUCAGCACAGAUGCAGAGCCUUCUAUUCCUGGUUUAGAAAAGGACUCAGCCAUGGACCUGGGAAGAGAUCGGGACGGUGGCAGUGACAGUGACAGAGAUCGGGAUGAUUUGGACGACGACGACAGCGACUCUGAGGAGGACAGUGAAGAAGAGCGAGAUGAAGUGGGGGGCGGUGACCAGAGAAUGAGUGUCGACAGGCUGGAUGAUGAGAGGGAAAGACGGGAGGAUAGAGACAGGAAUGAAAGACCUGCUGGUCGCAGUGUGCGUUUUGCAGAUAUACCUGCAGAGGCACCGCUUGAAGUAAAAAGGAAGAAAAAGAGGCUGGUGAAGAAGAGCAAGGCCAUUACCCCUCUGCAGGCCAUGAUGUUAAGGAUGGCAGGUCAGUCAGUUCCUGAGGAGGAAGAGGAAGAGGAAGUUGAGGAGGAAUACACAGAUGAGUCAGACAGCUCGGACAUCGAGGACAGGGGACCGCCAGGGGACCACCAGUCCCACCUCAUGGCCACUCAGCGUCUACCCCCUCCUGCUGGGCCAGGGGGACAGCAAGGGCCUCCACACUUGCAGGGUCCACCAAUGACUGGGCCUCCACCACUGGGGCCACCCCCAGCUCCUCCAAUGAGGCCUCCUGGCCCCCCCUCUGGCCCACCUCCUGGUCCACCACCAGGUGCUCCUCCGUUCCUGCGGCCUCCUGGUAUGCCUGGGGGCAUGAGGGGUCCAAUGCCUCGUCUUCUGCCUCCUGGCCCCCCACCAGGUAGACCUCCUGGCCCUCCACCAGGCCCCCCUCCUGGCCUCCCACCAGGCCCCCCACCGAGAGGACCCCCUCCCAGACUGCCACCCCCGGCACCCCCAGGCAUCCCACCUCCUCCCCCAAGAGCAGGAGGGCCCCCGCGUCCACUUGCCCCACCACUGUCCCUCUUUCCUCCACCUCUCAACUCCAAUGUGCUCAGUGCUCCUCCCAACAUUGUCCAGCGGCAAAAAGGCUCAGCGCCCAGCCAGGAUGGUUCACAGAGCAGCUUACCGCCCCCUGCCAUGCCCAUGCCCAUGCCCAUGCGACCAAAUGUCAUGCAAAUGCCCCCUCCCCCAGGGACAGCUGCUGCCUCCACAGGCACCAAUCCUGGCAGCAACACCCCCAGCCACCACCACACAGCCACCAUAGAAAAACGAGCCAACAUCACGUCUGUGGCAGGCGCAGGAGGCAGCCCGGCAGCCGCUGCACCCGGGGCCACCAUCUCUGCCAAACCUCAGAUUAUCAAUCCCAAGGCGGAGGUCACCCGCUUUGUGCCCACCGCACUGAGGGUGCGUAGGGACAAAAGCAGCACCAUGCCUGGGGCAGCAGCUGGGCCUGUGGAGAAAGCAGGGAGUGCUUUUGGAGGAAGGAGGGGAGAUGAAGGCAUGGGAGGAGGCCAGGGGCAGAAACAGCAGGCAACAGCUGCACCGACGGGCGCCCCAACCCAGAUGGGUGCUGUGUCCCAGCCCAACAUGAAGACUAAGGACCAGGUGUACGAAGCCUUUAUGAGGGAGAUGGAGGGACUCCUCUGAGACUUGAGGGGAAGUGUUCAAUGGGUACGCUCUACAACACCAGUGUAUCUAUGUGUUUUCUGUGCAGAGUAACAGAGGUAGUUUAUCUAGCAAACCAAGGAAGCAGGAAGGCUGCUGCACCUUCAGCAGGCCCAUCCUGAUUUAGUCAGGUUGUAUCAUAGAGAAUGUGAAUUAAUUUACAUACUUAAUCUGACUGUAUAAGUAAUUGGACACAUUUAGAUUGAUUGCUGUUCCAUUAAGUGAAACACUAUGCUCAGCUCUGUGUUUUCCCCACAGCUUUUUUUCUUCCAGCUAUUUGUCAUUUGCCAUGACCAGAAAAAGAAUUUUGUGUCAUUGUUUUACGGUCAACCAUUUAUUUUAUUGGUGAUCUCCUGAACAUGUUGGGCAUCAAAAGAAAAGUGUGGAAUGUUUGUCAACCAGUGAUGAAACCUUUGCCUGGAACUGACCUGUAGCCAAAUAAAUACUUCAGUGUUUUCACCUCA